CUUUUAUUUUCCAUUUUCCAUUCUUUAUUUUUAUUUUAUUUUAUUUUAUUUCAUUGCUACUAGCAAGCGCAAUAAUCAGAUUUUCAUCUUUCUCUUUCUUUCUUUCAGUUAUUUUAGUUUUUAUUAUUUUUUCUGUCUUACUCAUUUCGUCAAUCAACUUUCUUUUAUUUACUAAAAAAAAACUAAAUUUCUUUAAUUCUUAUGAGAACACUUCGCGUUGCGGUUAUUCUAAGCGUGGCCAUACUGGCCAUAGCUCCACAGCUUGCAUUGGCGCAGGCUCCAGGACCUUCCGACAGCAGUCUUUCGGAGACAGGGCCGAACACGACACCGGAGACAUCCUUGACAAUUCCAGAUACGACGUCGACCACAGAGUCAGAGACACCUACGUCAACGACCCCCACGACGCCAACGACAUCACCAACUACACCGACCACUCCCACGACGUCCACAACACCAACAACGCCCACCACACCAACGAUGCCCACAACACCAACAUCCACGACGCCAACGACACCCUCGACAGAAGAUGGCGGCGACGUAACCGUGACAUCCUCGUUGACCAUAACCUCGGACCUGCCACCGGUAUCCGACCCAGUCUCGGAUUCGGUUCCAAACCCAGUCACUGACAAGCCUACGGACACACCAACGCCAACUGCAACUCCGACCAACGAUACACUGGCUCCGUCGCAGAGCGACACCACGCACUUGCCAUCGGGCAAAGAUGAGACAUCAGUUGAUGACAGCAGCAGGCCAACAGGCGGCACAACAAAGCCAUCGACCAAUGGCAGCAGCAGCAGCAGCAGCAGUGGUAAGCUGGCUUCAGGAGCCAUUGCUGGAAUUGUCGUCGCCGUUCUGGUCUUGGUCAUUGGCAGUAUUGUCGGGUUUAUGUUCUGGAGAAGGCACAGGCAGAAGACACAGUAUCCCUCUAAGGUUGACGAUUACUCCGAGUUCCCAGAGUUUAACCCGUCAGCAUCGAACAACAGACUGGGCGGAGGCGGCGGUGGGCACCUCCAGCAGCAGCAGUACUAUGGAGAUAAGGCCAAUGUUGUCCAGCCGGCAGCUAAUGUCAGUGCUGGUGUUGGCGCUGGUGCGCAUUACCACACGGUCAAUGACCCGUCGUUGCUGAGAGAGCUGGACGAAGCUUGAGCCCACAGCUAUUUUAGUAUAGAUUUUUUCUCUUGAUUAAUGACAACAAUAUGGACAUCAACG